AUGGACAGUCGACUUAGGCACGCGACGCAGGGGCACAAAGGGCGUUGGACAGAGAAGAGUCGAGAAGGGUCAGGAGAAGCCUUCCGUCUUCGCUGUGCCGGCCCGCCAAGACCCGCUGCCGUUCUGCGUCCCGCUGACUCAGCGCGGCUCCAACCUUCGACUUCGGCCAGCCGCAUUUUUCACCACUCUUUGAUGGAGAAGAGAAAAAGGCUCUGGACCCUCGCCAAUAGUGGUAGCGGGCUAUCCCCCAAGCGGGUUACGCUGUACUCCCUACAGGCCCGAUUGAUCAGUUUUCGUUUCAAGAUAGCCUCCUUCAUCUUGUCCAAACGGAAAUCGAAACUUGCAGACAUUUCCGUUGUUGAAAUUAUACUAAAGUUUGGCCGGGUUGCCGGAUUACUGCUGCUCCCGAGACAAAACACAGAACUCACAUCUUCCGUACUUAAUGAUGACGUGCGAUACCAAAGGAUAAGCAGUUGCCAAUAUUUGGGCUUGGGACUUCUGGGGUCCGUCUUGCUUCCGGAUAUUCUGUCGAUAACGGGAACUACAGUCGCGAUGUUAUUGUGCAACAUGAAUCUACUACCCAGCUACAAUUGCCGCACUCUACGGAGUACAAGCUUUCAUGAUUUGUUGUUAGACUGUCUUUCGAGUUCGUCUGUCCAGGUCUCGAGCCUAGCCAGCAACUAUGGAGAAGUUGAGCAUUACCGGCACAAUGAACGGAGUUGAUCGUAUUAAACUUUGAUUAGCCAUUGGGGAACUUCUCAUGAUGAAAGAGCCAGUAGGGUGCAAGAUAUCAAGCGGGACAUCAAAAACAGGUGAAACAUGCAUUUACUAUUGGUGGGAUAUAUAUGGGG